AAAUUGUGUUGAAACAAAAUGCAUGAUAUCAUUAAUUGGAUUACUGAGAGAAGCUGCAUACUAAGUAUUCYGAUCAGCUACUGUAGGGUYCGUAAAUGAUUUGGCCUUUUAAAAGAAAUUUUCAUCAUAAAUUUGAGAAGUCAUUUUAAAUGACUGUUUGUAUGUGGUAAGUACUGAAUUUGAUUUCUUGGGAAUCGUAACAGUUACAUGAUCGUAAAUAAAUCAUUUCACAUAUUGCUCACAGGGAUUUUUAAUGGAGCAGUUAUAGGGAAUAAUCAUUACCAUGUGACCACUGAAAAGAUAAUGAGUGAGAGAGAUUUAGGUUAAGAAUAUUGCUUAAAUUCAAGGAAAGACGGGAGCAGCAACAGUAUUUUUUUUAUUAAAUUACAGAGGAAUAAUGUCUUUUGUUUUCAAACUAGUGCUAUUGAGCUAAGCAGUUAUGCUAGUGAAAUGGUCUUAAUUGAUAAGUAACAAGGGAUGGUGUUGUCUUUUAGSUUAUUCAGACGUYACUAAAKCAAAAGGGAUGCUGCACUUAGAUUUAACAAACUUUGAAGAGCCAGGAGCUGAAGGAAGCCGUUAUGUGUUAACAAGUCCCAGGUCAUUAGAGGCUUGUGCAAGAUUUGGUGUUAAGCCUGUUGAACUACUCCAUAAAUCGUAUGAAGAGUUUAUUGAUGAAUUUAAAGCUUUGUAUGACACAAACUACUCACAUGAGGCAAUAUUUGAAGUAUUCCAAGAACAUGAAAGACAACGGAAGAGAAAGCUCCGACUUUGCCAUGAAGAAAGAGACAGAAUAAAGAGAGAACAGGAGAGACAAGAAAGAGAUGUUAUAGGAGAUUUUACAAAAACAAGCCGUCGUUCACCCACUAAACAGAUGAAUGAUAUAUUAAGCGAAUCUAGACAUCAUGUUUCAACACGAACCAGUUCAUCACCAACUCAACAAGUAGAGCAAGAAACAAAAGAUAACCGUUGGCAUAGAAGUACUAGGGUUUCGUUUUCACCAGAACGCAAAGAAAGGAGUGGACAUCGAGAAAUGACARGAAGAUCAAAAUUAACGAAAAGCCAAAGUUUUACGUCUCAYGGCGCUAGAACGCGAGGUGAAACAUCCGACUCUGAUACAGGAGAUGCUAUCUCAAGUCCACAUGUCAGACGUGCAAGAARYCAGUGGUCUAUCCCUAAGACUGGUUCUCUGCCUGCCUCACCCAGACUAUCACGUCGAGAGAGUGAAUCUAGUACUGGUUCGCUKACUCGUUUAACAAGUAAACCRAAGAGCCAAAAUCGAGCAAUGUCAACUGAUUGUAUUUUGAAUGCKGUAGGRGGAGACAGAAUGUCUGACAAGGACCAGAAAAUCAUCGACUUAAUGCUGACGAGACACGAAGAGGCAGAACAGCUUCGUUCAGAUAAAAGGAUGCUUGAUCUUGCUUGGGAUGACCAGAGACGGCUAGAGAACGACUUGCGGGAAUCGCGAAUGAGACAAAGAAAUGCAGAGUUGUAUGAACAGCAUUCGGCUAAAGAAGUCAGACAGAUGGAAGUUCGCGCUCGAAAGGAGAGGAAAGAGCAAAGACUCAAACAAGAGAAAGAAGAAGCCAUUCGUGCUAAGCAGCUAUUGUGGGAACAGGARAAACAAAAACAAGAACAGUCCUUGGCCAACAAGAUUGAGUUAAAACGCCUUGCCGAAGCUGAAAAGAAACGACAGCAGGAGGAAAAGCGUCGUCAGAAGCAACGAGAAGAUGAAAUGAAUCGUAACAUYGCUUAUCUGUCGCUACUGGAAAAACACGAGAAGGCCAUGAAAAAUCGUAACUUAAAGGCAACUCACGAACAAUUUAAAUUGCAAAUCCAAAAUGAAUCUGAGAAAGCCAAAAUUAUGGAAAAGAGAGAGGAGGUUGAGAAGCGUAAAAGAGACGAAAAACUUAAUUUGAAAAGUGAAAUAACGGAAAAGCAYCGACGAGCUAUUGAAAACUACGAAGAGGUUYUGAACCGCAGAGAAGACGAAAUUCGCGACAGCAAGAGAAAAAAACGAGAAAAGGUGAUCCGUCAAAGAGAACAGCUUUCACGAAUGGAAUCUGAAUUAAGCAGUUGGCAGAAGAAUCUAAAGGCCUAUCAACAAGAAGGUGAGAGAGGACGAAGAAAGACGGAAGCAAGAACUCCAACAACAAAUAGAAACAAAAGACGAGAGGAGUGAAUUGGUCAGCAUGGAGAAGGAAGAAGUCAAGAAAAUGAGUCGCGAGGCUGCUCAGUCAUCACAAGCGGUGCGUAGCAUAGUCAAAGAGAAAACUUAUAAAAGAUCGUUUGAUAGAAUGGCAAGAGCUGCAGAAAUUCGAGCAAGUAUUGGGCGUGGUCCUAGAAAGGCUUACAAAAAUCAAUCGACUUUCGUGUUAGGAUAAUGUUUAAAUUCGAUAACURGGCUUUUAUCACAGAGCCAUUUAUAUAAGAAAUAGAUGACGUUGCCGGAUAAGUUGUAUUUGUACAGAAAUUUCCUGUAGCGGGUGAGGAACAAGGCGUUAAUYAUCCUCAGUGUUGCRUUUGACAGAUAUGGAAUUAUUUAUGACAUACACCUACUUGCAACGUUGUCAUAUAAAUAUAGRACAUUUAUGAUUUAGUGGCAUUAGAGUAAGCGCGAUUUCUUGAAUUCCACGACAAACUUCUUGCAAUUUGUUGGGAAAAAAARWSAAAAAWCAGCAAUAACAACAACGAAAAAUCUCAAAUACUAUUUCUUUAGCCUGAGUAUCAGGCUCUCUCGAAGGGGUUUGGSGCGGUUCGAGAGAGCCUGAUACUCAGGCWACUAUUUCWUUCGCAUUGCUCUUAUCAGCAUAAUCAUAAACAAUAUGAUCACAAAGUGAAACUUGGUUCUUUUUUGUUUUUAUCCUUUUUUGGCGUCCUCCCGAGACGACAAACUUAGCUGAUCUUUUACAACGCAAGUAGAUAUUUAGAUUAGUGUGCUUUCCAUAGAGUGAUGGCACUUAAACCGUGCAACUGCACAAACUAAAUAGUGCUAUUUAGUUAUAUUUAGUAAAUCGUGCAAUUCAGUUUAAUUUGCGUAGAAUGAUCGCACUUAAACCAUGCAACUGUACAAAAUCCAAGUACUGUAUAACUAAUUUGUACUAAAAGUGGACCUUGAAGCAAGACGGUAUUGAAUGCUUCAUUUGUAUCAAUUCAAUUUGAUUUGCGCACCGCAUGCACGAUUUACUAAAUACAACUAAAUAGCGCUAAGUUUGUACAGUUGCACGGUUUAAAUGCGAUCACUAAAAGCGUGAAACGGUACAAAAUAGUAUUACUGAUGUUUCACUCUUUAACUAAAUGCACUCUAGAUCAAGGGGUAGAAAUAGUUGCGUAACAUUGUUGCUGUUCUGUGURGUAAUUUUACUUUCGAUUCGCCCAACUUGUCACCGUUCCCUAAGCAAAUCACGCGCACCGCAAAAAGUCGUGGAAAAGAGAAAUCAUAGAAAUAGAAAAUAGUGGCUUCAAGCGAUUCUCAGUGGGUGACAGUGAUGCGUGACUAUAUGGGAAUAAUAACAAUAUUCUUAAUAUAAUAUAAAUACAAAUUUUACUAUUUUCAAAAGAGAACCCUUUCGUUCAUUAUACUAAAUCUCGAAAAAUUCAAUAUUAUUCUUCAAAAAAAAAACAAUACCAAUGACAUAAUGGAAGUGUAUUUGAAGUGAGUUAUAUUUAAUUAAAAAUUACUGUCGAAACGAUGUUUCCUUUGUAUUGAUGAAAUAUGUCACACAUAUCAAAUAAAGCCAAUCAAAAAURAAAAGGAUAA